AUGCAAGGCCAGGAUGUUGCCGGAGAAGGGAUGCACAAUGCCGUGUCAGUCCUGCAGGAGUACGUCCAAAGUUGCUCUGACUUUCCUCCACAUGCACGGAUACUGAUGUGGAACUUCGAGAACCGCAUACAAGAAGACUCCCUUCUUCAGUUCCGCGCUGUCGUUUCCUUCAUCUUCAAAGAGGUGCCUCACUUCUUCCGCGGCAGUUGGCAAACCUCCAAGAAGAAGGCGGAUGAUGCAAGUGAACACUGCACCAGCCUGACUGCACAAGAGGCCUAA